AAGUGGGAUACCGAUAAAUAUUCUCCAUGUUGCCAACCAUGUAGUUGUGACUUCGACUGCGCCGCACGAAGAGAUUGUUGUAUGGCAAGCAUGGUAGAGACGUUGGAAAAGGCAGACGAGGAAAACUGCGUAAACUCAAACGGGGAAAUAGGAAUUGAUGAUUCAGUAGUAGGGUACGCAUACCUUCUGAUAGACACAUGUCACACUGGAGACAGUUCCGUCGACACGUCUGGUCUCUUGAACAAUUCCGUAGAAAUGGUUUCUUGCAGAUCCGAGAGUUUCUCUCCAGUUUCAUCUAAAACGACUGGAAGAAUUUAUUAUAACUCUUUCUGUGCUCAAUGCAAUGAACAAAAACGGGCGGUACCAUGGCAAAUGAUCAUACUACAAAUGAGACCAUUAACUUCUUAUGAGCUUGCAGUAAUGACAAAUGAAGAUAUCAAUGACAUGUUUCCUCAACGACUUUACACCCCUCCAGAAGGGGAAGACUGGACAUCUAAAGAGUGCGUGUCUGUGGUUGAUUCAUGCAAUAGUUCCAACACAACACUACAAGCAUUGUGUAAAACGUAUUACGCCCCUAUCACCCGUGCUUCAUGGCCUACAAGCCGUCCUUACAAAAACGUGUUUUGCGCCAUGUGUAACGGACUGAGUGAGGAAAGACUUUUAAAUGAAUCUGUCUGCUUACAGUCAAGUGCAAAGACUUCGUCUUUGACAAAUACGGGCACAAUACUUGAUGUUUUGCAUUACAAUAUGCGGCAAACCCAAAGUGACAAACAGACCAGUAAGCCUGAAACAGCAUGCUCUGAUCACGAAGUCCAACAACCCAACAGGAGCACGUGCUACCCUGUGUUUUGUCCAAGAGGGAUGUACAGAACUGACUCACAGCGGUGUGUUUACUUUGGAGAAAAAUGGGUCAUAAAUCCAAAAUUAAUGCUAACGUUGAUGAAAUAUUCGGGGCCGAGUCUUGGCUUGGCUUUGAGCAAGAUGAAGCCUCUACAACUUGUGAAAUUGCUUCAAAUUCCUAAACAAUGCCAUGAUAUUGGAUGGACAGACAUGUCCAUUUUGGGUGAUACCAUUCCCAAAACUGUCGAACAAGAAACUGAAACUUUUGAAGUUGUCCUGUUGAAGAACAGUGAUGGAUUAGGCAUAAUCCCUGAAACGUUUUUUCCAAACGCAAAGUCAUGCUUGACAGAGGAGUGGACCAUGGUGAUACAAAAACAAAAAAUUGUGUUAAAGGCUUUUCUGAAGAAGCAACUGAACCAAAACCUUAUUACCAUGCCGAGGGAUAGGAUUUCGUAUGAGCUAUUAGACAAGCUGUACUUUUGUGAACAGAUAUAUCUUCCUAAAGAUGAGGUGAUGAAGACACCACAAGGAUUGCUCAUUAACUCGACAGGCGCGUUUCUUUAUCCGUCUGAAUUUAGUUCGCUGACAAGACUGAGAAGCGAAGAUCGUAUUCUUUACGUUUACCUGGUAGCUGUUUGUGUCGACGAUUUUAUUGAAACAUCACUGGACAUUGUAAACAAUGGUGGCCACCUCGUGUUCUGUCUAGGUCAAUAUUGUUGUUUACUGUUUUGUGUUACCAUAUUUGUGCUACAUGAAUCGGCUGUGUUUCAAUAUACAGUCGAACCCCAUUAGCUCGAACUCGCUUAGCUCGAUUUCCUCGUUGGAAAGAUGUGGUGUAAAAGACCGAUUUCUUAAUACUGAAGGUUAGCAUUCCUGCUUGGCUCGAAUCCUCGAGGCUCGAGGUAUUUUUGCCGGUCACUGGGACUUCGAGCCAACUGUGUUCGACUGUAUACUUAACGGAACUUCAAACGCCCCCCAAACACAUUUGUAUUGAUGUUAGUAUUUUGAAAAAUAUGAAACUUGUCGAUCAUAAUAAUCAAUAUGAAAAUCGAUGUGUAUGUCAAAAUUGUCAAUAUCAACGUAAUAUUAUACCAACUAUAGCAUUGUGCCAAAUGCCUG